AUGGUUUUAAUCAAUGUUCUGAAAACCGGUUCAAAUCGACCGGUCGAACCGCACAUUCAAAACCCUAGCUUCUUCAACGGUUCUGCCGCCGCCGUCCGUGGUUGUCGGCGCCUCCACUCCUUCCUCCUUCCCCCUGUACCGAACUCAUCCUCUUCUAGCUCGGAACGUCGUCCCCAUCUCCCGUGGCUUCUCUGUUUAAGGAUUCAAGCUGCUCGCUGUCGUGUGGUUCGUCGUCUGUGGUUCGUUUCGCCGCUCGCCGUUGUCUCUUCGUCGUCCUGCUCUCCGUCAAAGUUUAGUGUCACUGCUUAUAGGCAAUUGCUCAGACGUGAUAAUCUUCAAUCUUGCCAACAUGCAUUAUUGGUCCCAAAGGAGGAAGACUAUAUUGAAUGGUUUAAAAAUGCUGGCUUCAAAGACGGCAAGCUCAAAAGGAUAGGUCCAAAGUGGUACCGUGGUGUGCGGAGGCAUGGUUUGAUCCUGGGUUGCUCUGUGAUUGAUGUGAAGCCAUUUUGUGGAGACUUUCCCCUCAAGAUUGCUAGAAGAAGGAAUGCACACUUGAUUAAGUACCCUGAUGCCAAAGUAAUAAGCCUUGGAAUUGGUGAUACUACUGAACCCAUUCCUGAUGCCAUAACUUCUGCAAUGUCAAAGAGAUUACAUGCGUUAUCAACCGUAGAAGGAUAUAGUGGUUAUGGAGCUGAACAAGGUGAAAAGCCACUAAGAAGUGCAAUUGCUUCAACAUUUUACCGUGAUCUUGGCAUUGAAGAUGAUGACAUAUUUGUGUCAGAUGGAGCCGUUAAGUUGAGCACUGUGAUGGAUGCCUCGAGAAGAAAAUAUAAAAAAGACUAAACGGUUUCAGAGUGCAUGGUGCAAUCAAUGGAAACUGUGUUUUGGAGUUGAAAUCUCCAAUUCCCUAUCCCUAGGAUUUGAGAUAGUGUUGUUUUUAAGUAUGUAUUUCUGUAGGAAAAAAGGAAAAGAAAAGAAAAAAGAAUGCUUGUGUAUAUCAUCCCUACAUGAAUUGUACUUAAGUAAGUAGUAGUAGUAGGCUUCCUUUGUUAAUAAAUAUAAACAUAUUUGGAGUAAUUUAAUUCAAAAUCCAACAUUAUUAUUUGCAAGUCA